CACACCCAAAUCAUCAAAUCUCGAACCUGACGACACCUGCGCAACCUCACGGCAACUUCAACACCCGCCCACCGCGAUCCUAGCGAGGACCACCGAUAUUAGUCUCUAAUUCAACCAACCCGCCGCCACCAUGUCCGAACGCAAAGUUCUCACCAAAUACUACCCCCCCGACUUCGACCCCUCCCUCGUCGGGCGCGCGCGCAAGCCCAAGGGCUCGGCAGCGCAACAAGGCCCCAAGGUCCAAACCGUCCGGCUCAUGGCGCCCUUCUCCCUCCGCUGCGUGGCCUGCGGCGAGUACAUGUACCGGGGGCGCAAGUUCAACGCGCGCAAGGAGACGCCCCCCGGCGAGCGCUACCUGGGCAUCCAGCUGUACCGCUUCUACAUACGCUGCACGCGCUGCUCGGGCGAGAUUGUGUUCCGGACGGACCCCAAGAAUCAGGAUUAUGUGGUGGAGAAGGGGGCGAAGCGGAAUACGGAUCCGUGGAAGAGGGGGCUGGGUGGGGAGGAUGGGGAGAAUGGGGGGGGUGGUGCUGCGGAGACGGAUGAUCAGAGGUUGGAUCGGUUGGAGAGGGAGAUGGAGGCGGAGGGGGAGGAGGAGAGGAAUGCGAUGGCGGAGUUGGAGGCCAAGACGGAGGAUGCGAAGAGGGAGAUGGCGGUGGCGGAUGCGUUGGAUGAGAUUCGGAGUCGGAAUGCGCGGUUGGAGAAGGCGAAUCGCGAGGGUGGGGGGGAUGUGCUGGAUGCGGUGGUGGCCGGGGUGGUGAGGCCUGAGGAGGAGGAGAGGAGGAGGCAGGAGGAGGAGGAUGCUGAGGCGGCGAGGAAGGCGUUUGCGUUUGUGAGGCGGCAGGAUAUGCUGGAGGAGGUCGUGGAAGAGGAUGGGGAGGGGGACGAUGCGAUGAACGGGGGUGGUGUGCUGAACGGGAACGGGGUUGGGUCGGGGUCUGGUUCGAGUUCGGCGACGGCGUCAACGUCAGACUCAAAACCACCCUCGGCCGCGGCAACGCCGGAUAUGCCACCGCCGCCACCUCCAAGCUUCAAGCGGCAGGUCAAGAAAAAGAAGGACCACGCUGCGUUGCUGGGCAUCAAGAAGAAAAAGCCGCUUGUCUGAGUAGAGCCAGAUCGGCAGGGGAGCGUUACGGGGAGCGUUAACUACGGGGAGCAUCCGCACGGGAUCGUCGAGUUACAUAUGCUUCUCACUGUGUACAGGGGAGUGAGUUGUUCUUGGCCCAGAUCGAACAUUCGGAAAUCAACGGUUAGUAGAAGUAGAUCCGCCCAGUCAUCACAUCACGACAUUAGCCAAU